GUUUUGAGAGUUAGCCAAAUUGGAAUUUGUCGGUGGGGAAGGGGAAGAGAGCAUAAGAAUGUGUGGCACUCACUUUUCUUCUCCAAAUCCAAUUCCAAUUCCAAUUUCAAUUUCAAUUUCAAUUCCAAUUUCAUCCAUUGCCUUCCUCUCCAUAGCCUUCAAUUCCUUAUCCGCCAUUUUCUUCCAUCCAUGGAGGCUCAGUACAUCCACAGGCACCACACCCACCACCCCACAGACAACCAGUGCUCCUCCGCCAUCUUCAAGCACAUCAAAGCUCCCGUUCACCUCGUGUGGUCGUUGGUGAGGAGCUUCGAUCGGCCGCAGAGGUACAAGCCUUUCGUGAGCCGGUGCGUGGUGAGGGGAGAUCUUGGAAUUGGCAGUCUUCGAGAAGUUGAUGUCAAAUCUGGCCUCCCUGCCACCACCAGCACUGAGAGAUUGGAGCUUCUUGAUGAUGAGGAACAUAUUCUUGGAAUCAAGAUUGUUGGUGGCGAUCACAGGCUCAGGAACUACUCUUCAAUCAUCACUGUCCAUCCAGAAGUUAUUGAUGGAAGACCGGGGACGCUGGUAAUCGAGUCCUUUGUCGUGGAUGUGCCCGAGGGGAACACCAAGGAGGAGACAUGCUUCUUUGUCCAUUCCCUUAUAAACUGCAACCUCAAAUCACUGGCCGAUGUGUCGGAGAGGAUGGCUGUGCUGCAGGAUGCAGUCGAGCCGAUCCAUCAGUACCACCAGAUAUAGCGAGGACAGAUGAAGCCUUGCAAUCGUUUUCUUUUUGCCACGUCGAGAUGUUUCAUUGGUUGGCUGCUGAUUUCCCAUCUCAUUGGACACUCACCCAGUAUCCUCAUCUGAUUUUGUUUUCAUAAGUUUCUGAAUCCUAGGAUGGUGUCUAUGUUCUUGCUCUUUGUUUCAGCAUAUUGUUCCUUUUAAUUUGGUCAGUCUAUGGAUACUUGAGGUGUUAUGUAAAUAAUAUGAACUUUGGGAUGGAUUAUGUCAAUCAUUUUAAGAACUUAUUGUCAAUCUCUUCCCAUCUAGAAGAACUUGCAUUAGAUAUCUCAUUUUUAAUUUAAGUAUAGUUUGAUUCACAUUCUA